AUUUCGCCAACACCGUUAGAGCUGUGCAUAUGGAACUCGAAUUUCGAAAUGAUUUUGUUUUGAUGCAUCCUUGAAAACAGCAAAGAUAACGAUAAGAUGGCCACUAUCUCAGGCUACCCAAAGCAACUCGUCAGAAGACUAUGGCACAUCCACAGACAAAUCAAGAUCUCAACAGUUUCCCAAUCUGACCGUGUUAGAUGGAUGAAUACACAUCGGGUUGGGUCAUUAUAUCAGAGGUUAUGUAGUCUAUGUUGUAGAUCAUUUGACCAAUCCAGAAAUCUAGCAACUAUCUCUAAGGAUGAUGGGAUGGGCGACUGGAUGUUCUCUUCAGAUUUUAGGCCGGCUAUUGAUCUGGAUUAUCUUGCUAAAAAUGCGGAAGUAAUCGCAGACCGUAUCAGCCACAGAAAAGGAAACAUUGAUGUUCAAGAAGUUCUACGGAGGAUGAAAGAAUUUCAGCAUAUCCAAGAGGAUGUCCAUGAUGUACAAAUUAGACUACAAGCUGAUAAAGAGAGAGGACUGAAUACAAAGGAAUUGGAGCACACGUUGAAUGAGAAAGAAAUGCAGCUUCAUAGAGCAGAAAAUAACUUCUAUCAGAUCGCAGUGGCCAUUCCAAAUUCGACCCAUCCUAAUGUGCAUUUGAAUGAAGAUGCAGAACCCGUGUUGAUAGAAGAAAUAAAUGAGAAGAGAUCAUUUGACUUUCCCAUCAAAGGACAUGUGGAACUAGGUGAAGAGCUAGACAUCAUUAGAUUAAAGAAUCUUGGACAUACCACAGGCCACCGAUCAUACUUUUUAAAAGGGGCUGGAGCAAUGCUAGAAGAUGCUCUUGUUAGAUUCACUUUAGAUAGAUUAAUCAAGAAACAUGGCUUUAAGAUCAUCAAAGUACCUGAUAUUAUCAAACCAGUUGUAUUUGAAGGUUGUGGAAUGAGGACUAUAGGUCUUCACACUCAAGUGUAUUGUCUAUCAUCUGACCACCAUGAUAUUGAUAUGUGUUUAGCUGGGACUGCUGAAGUUGGCAUUGCAGGAUAUUUAAUGAACAGGACGAUACCAAUAUCUGAGCUUCCUAUGAAGAUAGCUGCUAUGAGUCGAUGCUAUCGAGCUGAGACAGCUCACAGUGCUGAUGCUAGAGGACUCUACAGAGUACACCAGUUUACUAAGGUGGAGAUGUUUUGUGUAGCAGCUAAUGAGAGAGGAGAUGAGAGCGAGGAAAUCUUUCAUGAGUUUGUAGGAAUCCAACGGGACCUGUUCAGAGAUUUAGGAUUGCAUUUCCAGAUAUUAGAUAUGCCUGCCUAUGACUUAGGAGCUCCUGCAUAUAGGAAAUUUGACAUGGAAGCCUGGAUGCCUCACAGAAAAGCUUAUGGAGAGGUUUCCAGUACUUCAAACUGCACAGACUUUCAGAGCAGACGACUUCAUAUCCAAUAUAAACCAAGCCCAGAAAGUCCAGCUAAAUAUGUUCACACAUUGAAUGGUACAGCUUGUGCAGUGCCUCGCCUGAUCAUUGCCAUCUUGGAGAACAACCAACAGAGGGAUGGAAGCAUUGUGAUCCCUAAACCACUUCAACCAUACAUGGAUGGGAUGAGAGAGAUUACAAGACCUGCAUCAGGGAAGCUACAUUUUACAAGAUUAUGAUGAUUGGUGAUUACUAUUCUAGAGAACUAUUGAGUGGAGAGAUGGAAGAACAGUGAUCCCUGAACCUUAUCAACCAAACAUGGAUAAUUGCCAAAUUUAGAAGAGAUUUAUAUAUGGAACAAAUGGUAUGCAUGAUAAUACUACGGUAGUAUUAAUACUACCACUCCUAUUUGAUGCUGUUCCACUACAUUAUUGCCAGUUGUAUAGUGGUACAUGUCUUUCAAUACCAGACAUGCAAAGUUGAAAUGACAUUAGGUUCCUUCUUGAAACAAAGGAAGAAUUUUCCCAGUAAAAAGUAUAAUCUAUGCUUUUAUGAAUAUACAUGUAUAUGUGUUUGGACCUACCCGUUAUCGACCACCUGAUGUUGAAAUCAUGAUAUCAGUACAUGUACUCAUCAGAUUUACCAGAGAUUCACUUAUCUCAAGUAAAAUUUUUUUGUAGAUUCACAUCACUCAACUCCGAUAUCUUUUUGAGUCCUACUAGCAUGGAGUGCCGUGAUGUCCAAAAAGGUUGUUUUUGUUGCCCUAUUUUACCCCUUUUUAAGAACCGACCACCCGCCCUCUAUCGACAGAGAUGCUAAACCUCUUGACACAAAAAUUUCAGACUGAAUAUCCUUAAAAUCAUAUUUUAGUGCUCUAGUUUUUUAUCUCACCUGCAAAGCAGAGUGAGACUAUAGGCGCCGCUUUUCCGACAGCGGCGGCGGUGUCAACACCAAAUCUUAGUUUUUGAAAUGACAGCAUAACUUAGAAAGUAUAUGGACCUAGUUCAUGAAACUUGGCCAUAAAGUUAAUCAAGUAUUACUGAAGAUCUUGCCUGAGUUUCAGGUCACAUGACAAAGGUCAAAGGUCAUUUAGGGUCAAUGAACUUUGACCAUGUUGGGGGAAUAAACAUCAAAAUCUUAACCUGAGGUUAAGUUUUUGAAAUGUCAUCAUAGCUUAGAAAAUAUAUGGACCUAGUUCAUGAAAAUUGGACAUAAACAUAAAGUUUAUCAAGUAUUACUGAACAUUCUGUCGGAGUUUCACGUCACAUGACCAAGGUCAAAGGUCAUUUAGGGUCAAUUUGGCCAUGUUGGGGGUAUCUGUUGAAUUACCAUCAUAACCUUAAAAGUUUAUGGAUCUGAUUCAUGAAACUCAGACAUAAGAGUAAUCAAGUAUCACUUAACAUCCUGUUCGAGUUUCAGGUCACAUGACUAAGGUCAAAGGUCAUUUAAGGUCAAUGAACUUUGGCCAUGUUGGGGGUAUUUGUUGAAUAACCACCAUAACUGUAAGUGUAUGGAUCUAGUUCAUAAAACUUAGACAUAAGAGUUAGCAAGUAUCACUGAACAUCCCAUGCGAGUUUCAGGUCACAUGAACAAAGUCAAAGGUCAUUUUGGAGGUAAUUAUUAGAUUGCUGUAAUAACUUUCAAAGUUUAUAGAUAUAGUUUAUAAAAUGUGGAUAUAGGGGUAAUCAAUGAUUAAUGACGUCACAAAUCGCGAUCCAUCCUGGGAACAACUCCUCACCCAACUCUACUCUCUUCAACAACCUGCAUGCUACAUCAACAUCUCUUGCAUUCCUCUGUGCAUCUUGGUACUCCUUGCAAUCUAGGCCAAUUCUGUCAAAAGUUUUCGGCCCAAUUUUCCUAUGUCCAAAGUAAUGUCGUGAGCUCUUGUGGAGGGACUUCAAAAACUAUCUUCCUGGCCUUUGGUACGGCAAGUUUAGGCUGUUCAUUCUCUGGUUGGAUGGAUGGAUGCUGGACAAUAAUGCCGUUAGUAUUGUGAGUAGUACCUUUUCCACUCACUGUUUUUUCUUCAAAAUCAUUGUUGUCAUAAACAAGAGUGGAGAAAAUAGGCUGAUUUGAUGACCCAAUGGAAGUGGCUGUUUGACAAGGACAUUGUUAUGUUCAAGGACCACUGGCCUUGACACACUAUGGCCAAGCCCAUUUAGGAUGCCAAUAAGUUUGGCUGAACCUGUCAGAUGCCAUACUGCCAUUCCUAGAGCAUUAUGCUUCGGUAGUACACAUCUCCCUUUGUUCAUUCUCUGGUUGGAUGGAUGGAUGCUGGACAAUAAUGCCGUUAGUAUUGUGAGUAGUACCUUUUCCACUCACUGUUUUUUCUUCAAAAUCAUUGUUGUCAUAAACAAGAGUGGAGAAAAUAGGCUGAUUUGAUGACCCAAUGGAAGUGGCCGUUUGACAAGGACAGUCUUAUGUUCAAGGACCACUGGCCUUGACACACUAUGGCCAAGCCCAUUUAGGAUGCCAAUAAAUUUGGCUGAACCUGUCAGAUGCCAUACUGCAAUUCCUGGAGCAUUAUGCUUGGGUAGUACACAUCUCCCUUUUGUUUUUAGGUACAUUAUGUCUUCUGCUAGGGAGAGAAUCUUCCGUUCUUCGUCAGUUGACCCUUCCACCAUAUCUUCUUUUGUCUCUUGAUUGAUUCCAGACAUCCACGCUAGGAAAUUGAAAAGUUGCCAAGGAACAAGCAUCUUACUUUGCUCAUUGGUUAGGUAGUCUGAUGUUGGAGGCCAGGUUGUCUUCAAGUCUAUUCCCUCCCUCUAGUGAAUUCUUGAUGAUUCCAGCAGCAGUAUAUAAAGUUCUCAGAAUUAGCUUAUCUGAGCGAAAUGUUGUUGUGCAUAUACUACCAUUACUCUCGCUCUGACUUUCAUCACUGGAGACCUCUGCCAGGCCUGCCAGCAUUUGAAAGUCAAAGAGGAGUCCCAAUCGCGGCACUCAAGCUGCAUGCUAGCUAAGCCGCAAUACUAAUGGCAAGUGUCAAUUAACUCUGGAGUAAUGCCCUCAUGGGUGCUACUAGGGGACUACAUUUCACAGUGAAAUCAUCUUCCAAGUACUUCUUGGAAAAUUUGGGGGAAAUAACUGAGAAAUUUUACCUUGAAGAGUAGCAUUAUGGAGCAUUUAGAAUAAUUUUAUCUUAUGACCUGUGUAGAGCUUCAUAGGUGGCCUUUUUGCUCUUCUCAGUACAUCACUAGUAUAUGUUUUGGUGGCAGACUUUGUUGCAGGUUUCCAUUGCAAGUCAAUGUACCAUUAGAGAGCUUAAUGUUUUAGGGCCAAGGCUUGCUCUCUGCUUGGUUUUAUUCUUUGUGACAAUGGAAAAAACUCUCUCACAAUCACUAUUGCUCUGUUGUUACUCACUCAACAGGUAGCACAUGAGGUCUCCCUGAACAUGAACUGCUCCUGGCAUCAGAUCUUCAUAUACAUUUUGUCGCUGAUUCAAUCCACACAUCCCAUGUCCCCUGAUGCAAGGUCUUCUCUGAUGAUGUAAAGCCUUGGUCCCAGCAUUGACAUAAAGAGAGUCUUAUUCAAAUGAACAUUAUUCCUCAUCAAAUCAUUUGAUUGAUUCCUUGAAUAUCAUUCCAUUUUCUCAAUUAUGAUAAUAAUAUGAAAACAAAGUAAUUGGUAAACUGGCCGUCCAAUCCUUUCACAUAAUUUUUCACUGUAUCAGUUAUUAAACAAGUAAAUUAUUCAAGUGGAAAGAACAAUUUGUAUACACGCUUCCUGUAAAUCUAAUUUACACCUAAAUUAUGCAUUUACACGUAUUUCAUUCGAGACAAAAUAAUGAGAUAAUUUUGUGACGUAUACAUGUAAUAUAAAAUAAUUGACACAUUAUCUUGAAUCUUUAAAUGUCAAAAAGAAAAUGCAGGGCAGCUAAAACAACCAUGCAAUUUUAGACGAAACCUGUAAAAGCAGCAUUACAUAUGGUUCCACUUCUCGUUCUCGCCUUUCCAUAUUCUUUCCUCACUCAAAAACAAACGGUUGCAAAUAAAACGCCUGCCAUUACGAGUUCACUGCAGAACUAAAAUCAAGCACGUCUAUCGUGCAGCAAAAUCAAUGGUGCAGUGUCAGUAUAGCUAAGCCAGGGCGCAGUUCUCGGCAUUAUGCAAAUUUGGAAUGGUAAUUGCCGAAAGCAAUAGCCAAUGCGAAGCUUAGAGAAGCAAAAUCAUGUGAUAGAAACAAAACAUCAUGCUUAGGUCAAAGGGUUAUAGAAAACUGCGCAAACUCUCAGGUUUGAAGGGGACAAAUCUUAAUUUGUUUUAUCUACGAAUAUAAAAUUAAAAUCAUCCAACUAUCAAUAUUUAACAAAUUUUGCACUUUCUUGUGACAACAGGAAAUGCGUUUUUCAAUUGUAACCACCUUACCAUAGGAAGAUCCAAUCUGCAAAUGGGACAAAAUAUUCACGAGAUCCUUGCUUCUAGUUUUUUUGUGAACAGUCCAACCGACAGAGGGGUUUCAAUAUGACUCCUGAAACCAGUAUUUGACACAGGUUUAUAGAUUCUCUGACGGUCAGUUUUGAAGCCGUGAAUUAGCUUUUGGGCGGCGAGACUCAUCACGUUUCCCCUUCACAUCUCUAUCUUUUGUUCCAAAUAGUAGCCAUCUUAGAAAGCAGGUUAGCAUUGGUGGAGGUGCAAAUUCCAAGAGAGAUUGAGAGCCAGUAAAUUGCCACUGUUUUUGGUAAUUUCUUUUCUCAAUGAGGCAGCUGCUUUUGCUAGACAUUUGACUUCAUCUUCUUCAAUUUGAUCUUGAAUGUCACUUACAUCCUUACCUAAAACCUUGUUACUAGCCACAGACUCACUUUCAUAAGCUCGAUGUGAUUUCACGAAUUUAGCUUCUGAAAAUAUUGUUCUUCCGAAAGCCUUGCAAUCUUACACAUAUGGGUGAGAAAGUCACACCUGCCAACCAGUACGUUUUUGGCGUAUUUAGUACGUUUUUGCAACCAAAAUACGGCAGUAUGUUUUUUCUUUAAAAUAUACGUUUUUGUAAAAAUAGAAAUAAAAUCAUAAUUUAUUGAGAAAAAUCAUCUCUAUUUCAUAAAACUUACACAAAUAUGGUUAUUAGAUCAAUAUAAUUUCAGGUAACUUGUUUUUUUAUCAAUCAUUUUGUUUAAAAACAAGGGUGAGAUAUACACAUGUUUCAAUGUUUGUUUUUUUCAUCUGCAAGAGCAGUGCGCAUUUUAGCUUGCAUGCAGCUUGAGCGCCAGGAUGAGCAAGUGCGCCACGCAUUUUAUUAUGAAAUACACUUUUUUGGGGAAAAAUACAGUUUUUUUAUCAAAGAAUACAAUUUUUCAUUCCCAGAGGUUGGCAGGUCUGGAAAGUUGUUUCCCCAUAGGAUGCUUGCUUGUUUGCAUAGUCUUUGAUUUUUUUUUCAGACUCUCUAAGGAUGAUUUUGAUGUCAGCGGUGUUGUCUCUCUGACUUUGAAGCAUAUGAUGCAUUUCGCCUUUUCAAUUGUAUCCAUCUUGCCUUUUUCCUGAAAGAAAAAUAAAUGCAUGUUUUUUUGAGAGAGAGAUAUUCAAUAAACAAUUUAUUAAAAACUUAUGACUAUAAAGC